AUCUUUGUAAGACCCGCCCUCUGCCACCAGUGCUACAUACAUACAUACUGUACAAGCCCGCAGGAAGAAACAGAGAGUAAGAGUUACCGGGUAGAAGGAAGAGGACUGAGUGAAAGUGAGUUCAGAGGGAGGAAGUGAAAGCGAAGAAGCUUAGUUUCGACAAAGCUGCCAAUCUAAUCCAGCCUCGCAGUUGGUAUUGACCUCUUAGCCUGCUGAGGUGAGGUGCGUCAUCCAAACAUGUCUAGUGAGUUUGAGCUGCCCUUCCGGUCGGACACCCAGCUGACGGAGGUGAUGCGCCUGCGGGUUCAGUCUCUGCAGCAGCGCGGCCUGAAGAGGCAGGACGGUGAGCGCCUGCUGCAGCCCAACGAGGCCGUAUACCGACUUGACUUCUCCAAGCAGUCUCUCCGAUUCUCCCAUUGGACGGUGCAGCUGGCCCAGACGGGUCGCCUCACCAUCACGGCCACCUCGCAGCUCUGGACGCCUGACCUCACCAACUUGAUGACCCGUCAGCUGCUGGAGCCCGUUGGGACUUUCUGGAGGGCGCCCGGUGACGCCCGCGAUGCACCUGUCAAUUGCCACGAGGCUGACGCACAUGAGUUUGGUGAGAGGAUCGCCGAGAUGGCGAAGGUAAGGAAGGUGAUGUACUUCCUGUUUGCAUUUUCAGAAGGCUGCAGCCCUGAGACUGUCGACUGCUCCAUCACCUUCACAGUGGACAGUUGAGAUUUGAAAUCAAUAUCUUGGACAGACGCUUGUUACCUCAUCUAUGCUUGUUCUGUGCUUGUGUGCUUUUAGUUAAAGAAAUAAUGUUAAUUUUAGGUUAAAUCUGCAUAUUUUCUAUGUGUGACUGUUGUAGAAGAGAAAGCAUUCAAUGUCACAAAACCUAAAAACAAGAUUGCAUUGUUUUCUUUCACCUUUCUUCAUCAUUUUGCAGUCAAACUCAUUACAUUUAUGCAAAUAUAACUUACUUAUUUAUACAUUUGUAUCCCAUAAUAUUGGGCAUUCAUACAAUUAAAUAAAUC